AUGUCCUCGUCAUCCGAUUGGCAACCCCUUCUCCCCACCCACUCAUCCUCCAAUAAACCACAUAUCAACCAUUCCUCUUCGUCCCGUCUAUCUACCACCCGCAUAUCCUUUCCUUCAUCUACCACCUCCGCACUAGGUUCAUCAGAUAUAAACGACGAUGAUCAGACUCUCGUUUCUACCUCCCCUCAGAAAGGCAAACGAACUCAUCGAGCUUGGUCUGGUAGUCCUCUGACAUCGGGUGAAGGUCAGAAGAAACCAGGUUUACCUAAAUUAUCAAGAGAAUGUUUAAUCAGCGAGAUAAAAUGCUAUGGCUCAUACAUGUUACCUCCCCUCCUCAUAUUCGGAGUAUUGGCAAUUGGUAUUAGUCUUUUGAUAUAUGGUUGGAAGAAAGGUUGGUUCAAGUGA